AGGGAUUGGUUGAAAAUAGCGGGUUUCCUCUGAGUGUCGGCGUGAUCGUUCUCACUACUGUUCACACAAAGUGGCUAGUCAAACGUAUUCAUUUUUGUAGAUUACAGAAGAAGACGUCCGACGCGUAAUGUUAUUGGUCAUGAAGCUAUGAAUUUAGAAAUUGGCAUAAUCGAUCUCUACAGAGAAAGUGUAUAUCACAGACAGAUCAACUUGUCAUUCAAUUUCUUUUUGUAUUUGAUAUACUUUAAUUCUUACAUUCAUAUUCCUAGAAUUAUGGGAAAGUCUGGUGUUUUUUUGAAAAUUACCGCCCUGUAGGGCCUAACGAUUCCCUGAGUGAUCAAAACACUAUAAACAAAGUGUACUUUAAUGCGAAUUCUUAAUUUUGUCUUAUUGUUCUGUUUUACUGAUAAGUAAACAAUAUUAAGAUUCAAAGUGCCUGAUCUUGUGAUGUGUCAAAUGCGGUAUAGUGAGAUUAAAUUAUCGACCACUAGGACUUGGAAUGAUAGAUAAGACAGACUUGGACGUCUCCCCAUAUCUUUGAGUGACAGACUAAAGCUUCGAAUGAUCCAUCUCGGGAUUGGAUUUAUAAGGAAAUAACUAGGAGGAGGAGCGAAGGCAAAGAAGCGACGGGGUGAAAAUGGCGAAGAAUCGAAACGCGAAGGCGACACCUGCAUCACUUUUUCCACCAAGCACUCUCGCCAUCCCAAUCUUUGCACUUUUGUUCCUUUGUCUUCGCUUAUUCGCAAUCGGAAGCUGUCGAUGGGCCGCUGAAGAUCUUUACGACGAUAUAAAGAUGAACACACACAUCGGCCUCCAACACUUGUUGUUUUGGCAGGCUUACCAUUUCUGUAAUUGGAUUUCUGCUGUUCCAUUAGAUAAACCAACAACCAUUUCCGAUUCAGUUGGGAAUUAUUUGGAUACCAAAGGUGAUUUAUCUAAUAUCAAAAGCACAGAGAAACUUGCAGCCAUAAACGGAAAUUAUUCCGCAGGAGUUACUACCGCGGCCACUUCGAAAACUUACCAUUUGCUCAUUCAUGCAGAUGAUACCAAGCGAACACCCAAGAUUUCCAACGACUUUUCAACAACUGAAUUGCCAGCAAACCACUCAGUGAUUGACUAUACAAAUAAUGAAAACAAAAGUGCUACACUAAAACCCAAACAUGAAACUUCAAAAGAAACCAAUUUUCAUCCGUCAAUUAAAAAGCCAUCCGAGGAAAUCAUAAAUCGAAUACUUCGCGACGACAAAUUAACGACUGCGCUUUACAAUGAAAUAGACCUCUUGCAAGCUGCGAAGUCUGAAAAUGAAACCAUUCCAUCAGAAAACAAUUCAACAGUGGACAAUGGAACUCUGAUAUCCGAACACAAUGCAGUCAAUGAAUCUCGUCCUUCUAACGAAAGUACUAAUGAUACAGUUCACGGUACAAAUUCCACAACACUGAGCUCCUCCACGACAGAAACAACACUAAAAACGACAGUCACCAACACUACACAACCAACGACCAAAAACAAUGUCACAAAGGCUACGUCAACCACUAAAACUUCGCCAUCCAACAAGCAGACGACUCACGAACAACACGUGUUACAGCCGUUUACAGGAUUCGCUGAGAACGUUCCGGUCCGUCAUCAAUAUCCUCACCAUACCCAUCAUCAUCUCAAUCUUGUUCCUAUGGAAGACAGUCCGUUUGGAAAUCUUUUAUGGAAGGAUAAGAAAUAUUUGAUAAGCGUGCUGGUUCCUAUCAGUAUUGGAAUUGUGGGAGCCGGGUGUAUCAUUGGAAUGGCCUAUGUAGCUCGCUAUUGCUACAGAAACGAGAGACAAGUUCAAAUGAUGAAAGAGAGAAUCACACAGUCCCAGGCACCCCACUCCGAUAACAUUGUUCUGCUGGACGACUCAGAUGACGAAUUUUAGAAUACCAUCCAGAUAUUGAACUCUUUGAUAUUAGACUAAUUGCGAAGCUGAGACUGGGAAACAGUGAUUUGUUGAAGCGCUGUCAACAACGGAUGCAGUGAAAUCACUCGAGAAUGUUGUAAUAGAGAGGUAAUCAACGGCAGAAAUUGUCUCCCGAAAUUAAAAGGGGAAAGUAAUUACAUGCGCUGUCUCUCCUUGUCCUUUAACGACUCUCUCUCUCUCUCUAUCUAUCUAUCUUCGCUCUCUCUCUCUCUCUCUCUCUCUCUCUCUCUCUCUCUCUCUCUCUCUCUCCCAAGUCUUCUUUAUAUAAAGUCAGAAAUCGUUUAUAUUCUUCCUUUGAAUAUUGACUGACGUUGUUAAAGGAAUGAUAUGUGUCGGAGUGUAUACUUUUAUAUGUAAAACUCUGUAAGUUUAUAUCUGAUUAUUGUUUUUCAAGAGCUCUUUUUAUUGGUAUACACUUGAGUCAAAUGAUAUUUCACCUAUUUUAUACCAAUAAGAUAUUCCAUCAACAAGAUAGAUGGUAAAUAAUCAAUGUUCAAUUCAUUUGUUAUUGAAUGAAGAUACAUUUACUUCACGAUGCUUAUAUUUCCAUUCUUGUACGAGUUUGUUUUUGGUUUUUUUCUCUGUUUUACGUCCCCAGGCGAACACCUCCACACAAAAUAGUCCCACGUCUAUCUUAAUGUUGCGUUUUGUCCCGACAUAUUUCUAGCACAGUUCGAAAUAAACGUAAUUUGUUCUCUUUGAGAUGUAUUUUAUUCAUGACCAGGAAUGACUUGUCUACGAAUACGCCAAAUCUCUGUUUGCGCACGCAUUUUACAGAGAUAACAAAUAACAAUUCAAUGUGCUGAGUAUUUCAUAUUGAUUAGCCAUUUGCAAAUUAGUGUUUUCUCAAAGUGUUUGUUUUUCGCCUAACUGGAGGGUAAUAUUUUCUCCCAAAAAGUGGUUUGAUGUAAAACAGAGUUAAAAACAAAUUAUCGCAUCUGUAGAUAGCAGAAUACAUCUAAGACUUUCAUGAUUGUGUAAAUAAUAGUUAAUUAUGAUCGCUAAGAUUGCUGUUGUAUUGUUUGUGACAUUUAUUUUGAUAUAUUUCAAUAAAAUCUUGCAGUAUU